AGUACGCAUCCCCUCACACUCAUCUGAGUCAUCACCCAUUCACAGAUCUCAACCUUUCCCAUAUCCAGUCCCACUCCAACUCCAACUUUCUUCAAUGGCUAAAGCCUCAAUUAUCUUGCUUCUUCUCCCCAUUGUCUACUUUGUUUCCACAGCCAAAUCUUCAUCCACCACAACUCCUACGAACUUCAUCAGCGACUCAUGCAGCGCAACCACCUACCCAGAAGUCUGCGUCAAAUCCCUCUCUUCCUACGCCAGUUCAAUCAAACAAAACCCCCGCCGGCUGGCCCAGGCCGCCUUGUCCGUCAGCCUAACAAAAGCACAGAGCGCCAAAACAUUCGUGACCAGGUUGGCCAAGUUUAAGGGACUAAAAUCCAGGGAGUACGGAGCCAUCAAGGACUGCAUGGAGGAGAUAGGGGACACCGUGGAUAGGCUGAGCAAUUCCGUACAGGAGCUGAAGAACAUGGGGAAAUCCAAGGGUCAGGAUUUCUUGUGGCACAUGAGUAACGUGGAGACUUGGGUCAGUGCUGCUUUGACUGAUGAUAACACGUGUCUUGAUGGGUUCUCCGGGAAGACAUUGAACGGAAAGAUCAAGUCGGCCGUUAGAGCUCAGGUGCUUAAUGUUGCUCAGUGCACUAGUAAUGCACUCUCCUUGUGCAACCGGUUUGCGGGCAAGCACUGAUGAGCUGCUGAGUUUUUGCUUAUUUUGUUUUUGGUUUGGUUUUCUGAGAACUGUUUUGAUGAUGUUGUUUGGUUUCGAUGUAUAGUUGGUAUGUUCAGUAUGUUAUAUAGAUAUGAGGCAUAUAGUAUAUGCUCAAGUAUUCUGAAUCUCCCAUAUGUGAAGCUAUGUUGGCUGUUUUUUGGUAAUUGGUAAAUCUUUAUCUUUUGGAACUUAA